AUGCACUGCACCGCGGGCAAGAUCCUUUGUGGCUCCUGUGAUGAUCUCUUUGGAGAGUUCUUUGUGCCCGGAAAGCGCAUGGGUGCGGAGUACAUGAAAGAGGCGUUCAAGGCCUGGGACGAAGACAACUCGGGGUGGAUUGACACCGGCGAACUCCGCAGAGUUUUGAAGGUUAGGACACCUGGGCGAUUUGUCCACGUGAGCCAUGGCGAGCUCUGCGUCAGUCGAGGUGGUAGCAGCACUGCCAAGUCUAGUGAUACUGGUGCAGCGGUUGUUGAACACUUCACUGAGCAUUUUGUGGCAGCAGUGUCACUGGAUGAUGGGUUCCAGAAGUAUGACACUUUGUCAGUUUUGCGACAGAAACGAGCUGCCCGUGCCAUGAUGUCACCGCCCUCAUCACCUUCGUUUUCGACACCCCUGUCCGAAGUUUUGCUGGUGAGCUCCCCCGGUUUUGGGGUGAUCGAUUCUGGCUGUGGUCGAACGAUUGUAGGUCAGGAGACUUUGAAAGAAUUUGAACAGCUCUGGCGUGCUAAGGGCAUUCCAGUCCCUGUUCCCUUUUCUGAGGUGAAUCAUUUCAAGUUUGGAAAUGGACAGCGUGAAACCACAGAUUCAUCAGUGAAGCUUCCAGUUGUGAUUGCAGGCAGAUCCGGUAGCAUCAAAGCAGCCAUCGUGAAAGGAUCUGCCCCACUGUUGAUUUCAAGAAAUGCACUGCAAUUGUUGGAAGCUGUUGUGAAUUUUGGUCGAAAUGAGCUGUCACUGUUCUCAGAUCAGAUCACGGUCCCUUUGACCAUCAAUGCAGCCGGCCAGUAUGCCAUCAAUUUGCUCGACCAGGUAGGUGAUUUGAAGGAGCCGUUUCAGGAAGUUUUGAUGAACGCCACCACUGAGCCUUCGAAGCCGUCAGAGCCAUCCAGCCCAGCACAGUUGUCUGCCGACAUGAGUGCAGGAAAUGAAGCUGCCAAGGCAUCAGCAACAGAAUCUGAUGUCCCAAUGGAGUCUGAGUCUCCACCAACUGAUGUACAACCCGGAGGACUGUCCAAUGAGCAGAGUGAGAAGCCAGUUGAGUCUCAGUCCCAGUAUGGUCCGAUGCGCCGCAUUCCAUCAAAGAAUGGCCCAGCUGCCUUGUACAGGCCUCCAGCAAUGCGUGAGCAAGAUUUUCUCGAAAUGAUGAAGGAAGUGGUUCCACGAUUGCUUGAACAUGCCACUAGUCCUGCAGGUGCCCAGACUGAUUCUCAAAAGCGUCCUCUGGAAAGCCCGGAAUCAGCCGUUGAACCACCCAGCUCACGUGCUCGCAUCAGUGAGGCUGAAGCCCUGAAUGUGCAUGAGGCUCUGUCAGUUGAAGAGAUCAAUGAACUAUGUUUUUUAGUGAACGCAAUGUCUCUCACGCCUGAUGAGUCAGCGGAGCUGCAGCGCCUUUUGGCGAAGGCCAAAGGAAGGGCAGCACCUCCGAAAGCCUCCGAUGAAUUUGAAGAUCGUGCCGUGUAUGACCCGAACACGGGUUUGUUCAUCAAUCCGACCACUGGUGACACUCUCAGUGUUUGGGAAGAGCCCGAUUGGUCUCCAACGACUGGGGCAAUGACUGAUGGCUCGAAGCGUCGUGAGGAGAUGGAUCUCCACAAUCCAGCCAAGAAGCUGGUGACUCCCAAGGCUCAAGCACCUUUUCCUAUGCGUGUCUCUGGCGAGAUGGUUUCCGCUUCCUAUGCUGCCCAUGGCUCUGGAAUCGAAGUACCCUUUCCAGUGUCUGGAGAGAGGCCUACGCCGGAGAAGAUGAUGCUUCCAGAGAUGCCACCCGACAUCUCUGAUGUUGAGACAUGGGGUCGCACAUUGAUCAGUUUUGGUACCUACAAGAAUGCCAACAUGAGCUAUUUUGAUUUGAUGAAUUCUGAGGAUGACCGUGCCGUGAACUACAUCAAGUGGUGUCGUUCGCACAGCAAGAAUGCCCAGGGCCAGUUGCGUGACUUGUGCAACUACAUGAUGCACUUUUACCAAGAUGAUAUGAGCUCUGGAGUUCCAAUUCCGGGCACACAGCAAGUUCGUCGUUUCAAAGCUUAG